AUGCCACAACAACCACCAACAAACAUAUCAUGCAGUGCAGCAUCUAUCAGUACUAGCAUACAUUAUCCUACAAAAGUAUUGAUUAUUUCGGGAACUACCACACCAAGAAUCAAUGAUACUAGCAGUGAAAAAAGACGACAAAUUCAACACCAUUCAAUGCCACCAUCCAAGCUCGUUGGGCCUUGGCAGAUGAACCUCAGGAGUAAAGG